AUGAUUUGGUGGCUUGUCGUCUUGCCGCUGGUCCUUUGGACCAGUUGCAUCAUCCGCCAGCUGCUUCCGAAACGCCGCACUGAGCCGCCGACGGUGUUCCACUGGUUUCCCUUCCUCGGAAGCGCGGUGUCCUAUGGCACAAACCCUCAGAGCUUCUUUUCGAGAUGCCGAGAAAAGUAUGGCGACAUCUUCACUUUUGUGCUGCUCGGGAAACGAAUUACGUGCUACUUUGGCCUGGAAGGAAACGAAUUCAUCCUCAACGGCAAGCAGCAAGACCUCAACGCCGAAGAGAUCUACGGCCCCCUGACGAUCCCCGUCUUCGGCUCCGACGUCAUCUACGACUGCCCCAACUCGAAGCUCAUGGAGCAGAAGAAGUUUGUCAAGUUUGGGCUCACGCAACAGGCCCUCGAGUCCCACGUCCCGCUCAUCGAACGAGAAGUGCUCGACUACAUCAAGGGGGCCGCCGCCUUCAAGGGCCAGAACGGGACCACGCACGUCGGCAAGACCAUGUCGGAAAUAACAAUUUUCACCGCGGGGAGGGCCCUGCAGGGGGACGAGGUGCGGGCCAAGCUGACCGCCGAGUUCGCGUCGCUUUAUCACGACCUGGACAUGGGCUUCCAGCCCAUCAACUUCCUGAUGCCGUGGGCACCGCUGCCGCACAACCGCAAGCGAGACGAGGCGCACUCAAAGAUGCGAGACGUCUACAUGGACAUCAUUGCGAGGCGCCGGCAGAGCGGAGCCGCUCCGAGCUCUGACAUGAUUUCGAACCUCAUGAACUGCAAAUACAAGGACGGCCGGGCUGUGCCUGACAAGGAGAUUGCGCACUUGAUGAUUACGCUGCUCAUGGCGGGGCAGCACACGUCUGCCUCGGCAAGCUCGUGGAUUAUGUUGCAUCUUGCGUCCCGGCCAGAUAUUGGGGAGCAGCUGUACCGCGAGCAGGUGGCCAACCUGGGCGCCACAGGGACCGGACAAUUGGAGCCGUUGAAGUACUCUGACCUGGCGAAGCUUCCUCUGCUAAGCAAUGUGAUAAAGGAGACGCUAAGAGUGCACUCGGCCAUCCACUCCGUCAUGCGCAAGGUCAAGCGGCCCAUGGAGGUACCUGGCACGCCAUACGUCGUAACGCCGGACAAGGUACUCCUGGCAUCGCCGUCUGUUACGGCCAUGAGCGAGCACCACUUCAAGAACGCCAGCGAAUGGGAUCCGCACCGCUGGGAAUCGGCCUCUGGAGCGGUGAGCGGCGGCAACGGCGGCGACGAGGACGAUGAAAGCAUCUCGCGUGGCACGCGCAGCCCCUAUCUGCCCUUUGGCGCGGGCCGACACCGUUGCGUGGGGGAGAAGUUUGCCUACCUCAACCUGGGAGUCAUCGUCGCGACGCUGGUGCGCAGCUUCCGGUUCUACACGGUAGACGGGAAGGGGACGGUGCCGGAGACGGACUACUCAUCGCUGCUGUCGCGGCCCAAGGAGCCGGCGGUGGUGCGGUGGGAACGGCGGUACGAGUCGGGGUUGGAAGCGUGA